GCAUUAAGCUCGAGAUGGAUCAGUCAGAUGUGUUCUUUGCUGGUGGCUGGCCACAAUUUCUGGCAUUUCAUGGCAUCACUGAAUCAAAUGCUCUGCUGUUAAGGUAUGAGAGCAACAUGGUGUUUACAGUAAAAGUGUUUGAACCCUAUGGAUGCCAGAGGAAGCCCAAGCACAAGGACAACAUAAUGCAACAAAUAUCAACAUCACCAGAUCUUGAAAAGCGACAGAAAGCACUAUCCGUACCCAUUUGGAAGCGUAAGAGCGAGAAUGAUUUUCCUUGUAGCAAAGUACACAAACCAAAAGGCUUCAUGCCUUCUCUAAAUGAGGCAUCAUUACAGAGGAAUUCUUUCUAAGAGAUUGGGCAACCGUCAUGGAUAAAGAAGCAGAUCAACACUUACACACUUGAGAAUGAUCUUGCUUUGCCAAUAGCUUUCUGUGAUGCGAUUGGGCUUCAUAAGCCUUCCAUGAUCACGUUCAAGACCACAAUGACUGGGUCUUGGCAGGUGAGUGGUGUCCCAUGCAACAAACACAGCUACCUUCUUGUGCAUGGCUGGAGGAGAUUCUGCGAGGAGAACAAUGUCAAGGAAGGUGACAUCUGCACCUUCAAUGUCAUCAAAACCACAAUGUGGCAUGUUGUCAUCACGCGCUACAUUCCGAAGCUACCGGAAACAGCUUUUGCUUCCAGUAUGAAGUGUAAGAGCAUCAAUGACAGGCCAAUUAGUGAAGGACAAGAGAUGUCAAAAGGCUCCAUCUCUUCUUCGAAGAAGACAUUAUCACAGAAGAAAAUCGUUUAUGAGAUUGGGCCUCCGGCUUGGAUAAAUAAGAAGAUAUUAAACACGAAUAACCGUUUUUUUACUUUACCACUGACUUUCUGCAAUGCGAUUGGUUUGAGGGAAGCGUGCACAAUCACCCUCAAGACCUCACUGAGCAGCACCAGAUCUUGGCAGGUUCAUGUUCUCCCAUACAAGCAUGCGAGCAACCUCGGGUCGGGCUGGAAGAGAUUCUGCUGGGAUAAUGAGAUCAAGGAAGGAGACACCUGCACAUUCAACAUCAUUGAAACCACGCUGUGGCAUGUUGUCAUUGUGCAUCGAUAAUCUUUGACCUGACUGUACAUUAGUUCAUCUUGGCUUCUGUUAAAUACAAUAGCUA